GACUGUAGAGGAGCGAACAUCUACUAGCUAAGGCACUAUGCACACACGGCUCCUGGGAGUUGUCCCGGUUUGUUAUGGCGUGCAAUCCCCUGUUGCAGCGGAGCACACAGCUGAGGUCUGAUCGAUCUGAUUAUCUGAGCAGCCAGCCUCGCUCGGCCUCAGUUUUUAGUUUGGUUCAGCCUCGGUCUCAGCUAAGCCUGAAAGAUACUGACUUGUAAACAAUCAUUCACAAUCACAAGAAAAUGACGUAUAGUAUAGAUCUAGGCCUCGAGAACAUUCAACAUGUUGUCUAGUUUCAAUGAUCAUAUGAUGCCUUUAAUUUUUUGUCAGUGUUUGUAAUAAUCUCAUGCCCGCGGCUUUGAAACAAAUUGACUGACGUGCUGAACUCGGUCCAGGUAAACUCAACAGAGCAAAUGAGAAAUAUCUUAUCUAUCAAUCUAAGUUAGAUUGUGAGAACAAAAAGUCACCAGCACUGUGCAGCACCUCCAACAUUAAUCUCGAUAUGCAUCACCGAGACGUGGUUGUUUCAACUCAAAUACAAGUUUACAACUGAUUUUAGCCAGGUGAGAGGCAAAUGAAAUGAAAAGUGCUAAGCUCAAUCUCAGAGACAGAAAAACUGGCCACGUCCAGUUUUUGUCCAAGCGGCUCAUUUUAGAUCAAUUUAUUUUUUGUUGUCCCAUCUAAAAGGCUAAGAAAGUAUGAUGAAUUAAAGAAUGAUGUGACCAAGAACAAGAUUCAUGCCUACAUGUACAUGUAAUUCUUGAAAUGAAAAUGUACAUUUUGACUCCAGAGUUGUGAUGAUCAAGAUUGUUUGAGCGCCUGAAAUAAUUUGCAUCAAGGCUGGACACAUUGACACCUUAUCGUGGAAAUAUUUCAUCAACGGUUUUGACCUUUGGCUAAAUAUAGGUCCAGAUUCAGCUGAGCCAAAGUCAUUAGUCACUGGAUUUGUCGUCAUUUAUUCUUUGUGUGUAAGUGUGUAACAAGGAAUCACUAGACUGGAUUUGAAAUAUUGGAUUUGUGGAUAAUUAAAUACAAUGGAUUUAACAAAACUCAUGGAAGCGAUAAGAAAUCGGGCGGCCUCUGACGGGAAUAUUGUUUACGAGAACAAUCGCAGCAACGCAAGGCUCUCGACGACAUCUAUCUCCAUCUAUUUUUUAGUUUUGAACUUUGACCCCACAGUAGGGGAAUCCCCUGCUCUUCUCCAGGUUAUCAUGGCCGAGGUCAAGGAUAGAAGUAGGUCGCGGUGGACCUUCAGGUCAUGGCGAAAGUCUAUGAGGAAGAAAAACAAGAACAAAGAGCAACAACCUUCAACUGCUUGUGAUGACAGUCAGAUUAUGUACAGUGCAGAGACUAUGAAGGAUGAAGAUGGAAAGACCAGCGAAAAGAUCACAGUGACGGCGUCCCCCGCUGACAAGAAGUCAAAGAAGAUGUCGUUAUCAAAGCUGUUUAGACCCUGGAAGUGGAGAAAGAAGAGGAAGUCUGGAGAUGAUGGGAAACAAACAGGUGUGACUGAAACAGAAAAUCACAUAGUUCCUGGAGAAAACGGAGGAGCAGAAAGACUACAAGGCGGUAAGACGUGAUAGCUUUCAUACUUGUUCAUACUUGUAAGUUAUGCAGGACUUUAAUACAGACUGCUGACCCUUUCUUGUGCUAUAAGUAAUUGAGAUACCACAAAUCCCUGUUAUAAUAAUAGGAGUAAACUUUCUAUAAUUAUGAUAAAUAAAUUGACAAAUAAACUGAUUAUAUGUACAUGUAUGUCCAACAAGAAUUGUAAUCUCAAAAAUUGGAGUUUAAGUAUUGCUGAUGGAAAUAUGGGAAUCUAAUUUAAUGUAGCACAAGAAAUGGUCGCCAUUGAUCUGUAAAGUCAUGCACGACUUACUGACAGCUUUAUGAAUAGUCUCCUUUGAAUAUAAAUCCCUUGAUAGAGAAUUUCAAAGGCCAGCUAAAUUUGACUAACAGAUCUUAGAGUAUGAUUUACCUGUACAUGUAGGGUGUACAGUGAUAAUUAACU